AGGAGAGUGGUGACGCGAAGCUGGGGGCGGGAGCGUGGAGCUUCUGAAGCCGAGGGUAGAGCCCUGGAGCCUGUAAGGGAGCCGGGUAGGAGCGCGUGACCUCCAGCUGUGUGGAGGGUCCCUGUGACUGCUAAGAGCUAAGAGCGCCUGGAGUUGGGGUUCAGACAGGAUGCAGAGAGCUAUAGAGAUGAGGUUGGCGAGAAGAGUCCGUAGAGGGGUAGUAGACGUGAAGAGAUGAUACAGAGAAGCCUUUUAGAUUGAGGGGCCGUAGAAGGCUUUAGAAGUGAGCUGGUGGAGAGAAAUCGUAAAGGACCUACAAGUAUGAGAGUCUUCAGAGAGGGGCGUAGACGCGAAAGGGUAGUAUAGGUGUGUGGGGUUGAAGUAACAAUAUACAGGCAACCAAGGGGAUUAAGAAUUGUGUUCGUGGGGCUGGGGAUUUAGCUCAGUGGUAGAGCGCUUACCUAGGAAGCGCAAGGCCCUGGGUUCGGUCCCCAGCUCCGAAAAAAAAAAAGAACAAAAAAAAAAAAAAAAAAAACAAAAAAAACCCAAAAAACAAGAAUUGUGUUCGUAAAGAAAUUUGAGGAGAAAUAGAGAAAAGGUAGCAAUAGUGAGUUCUGUGAGUUCUUGUGAAGGGCUCCUAGGGUCUGGCCUAUUAAAGGUACAAAACCAGACACCAAAAGUUUUUGCAGUAGUGGCAUCCCACUCCAUUAGGAAUGUGGCUCCUUCUCCGGCGUGCUUAUCCCCUCCGGAUCUUGCUGCCACUGCGUGGGGAGUGGAUGGGUAGGAGAGGCCUGCCCCGAAGCUUGGCUCCAGGCCCUCCCCGAAGAAGGUACAGAAAAGAAGCGCUUCCAGCCUUAGAGGUACCAGUAUCACCUGUGACUACAACUGAAAUCCGCCAAUAUUUACGAGCACAUGGGAUCCCCUUCCAGGAUGGCCACAGCUGCCUUCGAGCACCAAGUCCCUUUGUGGCACCCUCAGACAUCAAAAAUCAGAAGAAGGAUGCUACCACUUCCUUCUGCCUCUUCAUCGACAAGACCACAGGACACUUUCUCUGCAUGACCAGCCUAGCAGAAGGGAGCUGGGAAGACCUCCAGGCCAGUGUGGAGGGACGAGGCGAUGGGGCCAAAGAGGGAAUCCUACUUGGGGAGGGCCCAGAAGCUGAGGACAGGGAGGAGGUCUUGAGAAUCUGGAACCGAGCCAUACCUCUUUGGGAGCUGCCUGAUCCCCAGGAAACCCAGCUAGCUCGUGUGAUGUUUGGCCUUACCAAGGUGACAGAUGACACACUCAGGAGAUUCAAUGUCCGCUAUCUUCGAUCUACUCGAAGUCUGGUCUUCCCUUGGUUCACCCCUGGGAGCUCAGGAUUACGUGGCCUGAAGCUACUAGGGGUUGAGGGUCAGGAAAAUGGAGUACAGUAUGUAGAGACCACCAUUCCCCGGCCUGGUGUCUAUCACAACCUAUUUGGAUUACCCCUGAUCGGCCGUAGAGACACUGAGGUGGUCCUGACAAGUCGAGAGCUGGACAGCCUGGCCUUGAGCCAGUCCACGGGGCUGCCAACCCUUUCCCUACCCCGAGGAACGGUCUGCUUACCCCCAGCCCUACUCCCUUACCUCGAACAGUUCCGGAGGAUUGUGUUCUGGCUAGGGGAUGACCUUCGAUCGUGGGAAGCUGCCAAACUGUUUGCCCGAAAACUGAACCCCAAGCGAUGCUCUUUGGUGAGGCCUGGGAACCAACAACCUCGUCCCCUGGAGGCCUUAAACCAAGGCUUAAGUCUUCCCCGUAUUCUCCGUACUGCCCUCCCUGCCUGGCACAAGUCUAUUGUGUCUUUUCGCCAGCUCCGAGAAGAGGUUUUAGGAGAGCUAUCAAAUGUGGACCAAGCAGCCGGUGUCCGUUGGAGCCGAUUCCCAGACCUUAAUCGGCUGCUGAAGGGUCAUCGGAAGGGCGAGCUGACGGUCUUUACAGGGCCAACAGGCAGUGGCAAGACAACAUUCAUCAGUGAGUAUGCCCUGGACUUGUGUACCCAGGGAGUGAACACACUGUGGGGUAGCUUUGAGAUCAGCAAUGUGAGACUAGCCCGGGUCAUGCUGACUCAGUUUGCUGUGACACGGCUAGAAGAACAACUGGACAAGUAUGAAGAGUGGGCAGACCGUUUUGAGGACCUGCCUCUCUAUUUCAUGACUUUCCACGGACAACAGAGCAUCAGGUCUGUCAUAGACACAAUGCAACAUGCUGUCUACGUCUAUGACGUUUGUCAUGUAGUCAUCGACAACUUGCAGUUCAUGAUGGGUCAUGAGCAGCUCUCUACUGACAGGAUCGCAGCUCAAGACUACAUUGUUGGAGCCUUUCGGAAGUUUGCCACAGACAAUAGCUGCCACGUGACUCUGGUUAUUCACCCACGGAAAGAAGAUGACGACAAGGAACUACAGACAGCAUCCAUUUUUGGCUCAGCCAAAGCCAGCCAAGAAGCAGACAAUGUUCUGAUCUUGCAGGACAGGAAGCUGGUGACUGGGCCUGGGAAACGGUAUCUGCAGGUGUCCAAAAAUCGCUUUGAUGGAGACGUAGGCGUCUUCCCACUUGAGUUCAACAAGAGUUCCCUUACCUUCUCCAUCCCACCUAAGAGCAAAGCCCGACUCAAGAAGAUUAAGGAUGACAAUGGACUAGUGGCCAAGAAGUCCUCCUCUGGAAAAAAAGGGUCUGCGCACCAGAACUCUGAGACUUGCAUAGGCCAGGACCCCUGCCAGCCAGAUACCUCCCCGUCCUCAAGGUGAAUGCAGUCAGAGCUGCUUGCUGAAGUGACCCUGGUGAACCAGGCUGACACAGACUCUUGGCCUUCUGCUGGGGCUCGUCCCGAGUGAGCCUUUCCCAGCCCAGGGCUCGGUUCCAUGGUGAAAAGUUUAAUUCAGCAGCUACUAAGGCUCUCCUAUAUGCUGGUUCAGGUUUUUUCCCCAUAGGUUUUCAUGUAUAGCACUGAAAAGACAAAGUCUGUUUCCAAAGAACCAGCAUCUUGGGGUUGGGGAUUUAGCUCAGUGGUAGAGCGCUUGCCUAGGAAGCGCAAGGCCCUGGGUUCAAUCCCCAGCUCCGAAAAAAAAGAACCAAAAAAAAAAAAAAAAAAAGAACCAGCAUCUUGGUGAAAGGAACAAAGCUAAGUGGGACUGCUCAGCUAGUUUUGAUCAGUCACCCUAAAAAGAUGGCUGAUCAGAGUGCAUGUGAGAACCAUGGUCUGGUGAACCUCUGGAGAAAGGGAUCCAGGUGGAGAAACACCAAAAUCACAGGGGGGAAUGAGCAAGUCAGAUAAAGAGGGCGGACCCUGAACCUGCCACGAAACAGGAGGCUUGCUGGGACUCCAGCAUGUUGGCAUUCGGAGCGGAAGAGUAAUGCAGUGGGCACCUCUCUGCUCUGCUUUGUCGAGCCAGGCAUAAGAAUUGAUCUGAGGUGCUUAUCCUGUGCUGUCAGAGCCUCAAAGCUGGACCAUGGAGAGAAGCUGUGAGCCUGCAGUGCCUGCCCCCUUGAUGCCGAUUCCACUGUGUGCUGCUGCCUUGGACAGCGGGAGCUAGGACUCUUGGUGGAGCCUUUUCCAGUUGAAUGAAGCAUUUCUAUGGCCUCUG